AAAUUCUCUCCUUCCAUUUUGUUUAACCGGUGCAAAAAUGUCGAAAACAGAACUAAUAUUUGUUCCUACCCCAGGGAAAGGUCACUUAAUCUCAACCAUUGAAUUCACGAAACUAAUCGUUAAACACCACCCAGAAAUCUCUGUUUUAGUUCUAGUAUUUCACAUGCCAAUCCAUAAUUCAUCCAAUGUCGAUUCGUAUAUCGAAUCUCAAUCUGGCAAAAUCGAUCCUAAUCGAAUCACUUUCGUUACAUUACCGCCUCUUGAAGAUACACCAGACCCAGCUUCUAGAAACUUCUUUCACUCCAUUGUUGAGCUUCAAAAACCUCUUAUUAAACAAGCCAUUGAAAAUCGAUCGAUUAAACCUUCUGGUUUUGUACUUGAUUUAAUGUGUGUGAAUUUGGUUGAUAUUGCUAAAGAAUUUCAAGUUCCUUCGUAUAUUUAUUUUACUACCGGCGCUUGUUUAUUGAGUUUAAUGUUCGAUUUACAAAAGCGUUUCGAUGAGGAAGGGUUUGAUGUUGGAGAAGAGUAUAGUAUUGAUUCUGAUGCGGUUAUAGAUCUGCCUGGCCUAAAAAAUCGUGUACCUGUUAGAGUUUUGCCAUUACUUCUUUUCGAGAAAGGUAGCGGAUGGUCGAAAUUCUUCAAUGAUUUAUCUCGCCGAUUUCGAGAAACUGAUGGAAUUUUGAUAAAUACUCUCAUGGAAUUAGAACAAAAUAUUAUUGAAGAUCUACAAAGUACGAAGAAUAUUCCUCCAAUUUAUCCUGUAGGCCCUAUUUUGGCACUCGAAGAAGAUCUACGAAAGGGACGUGACUCGAUUAUGGAAUGGUUAGACGUACAACCUUCUUCCUCCGUCGUGUUCCUUUGUUUCGGAAGCAUGGGAAGCUUCGAUGCCGAUCAAGUAAAAGAGAUUGCUAAUGGUCUAGAACAUUCCGGUCAUCGGUUUUUAUGGUCACUUAGAAAGCCGGUGAAUGAAAAUAGUUAUGUUGUUCCUAGUGAGGAUGAGACUUUUGAGGUUGCACUUCCUCAGGGGUUCUUAGAUAGAAUAGGGAAUAGAGGAAAAAUUAUAGGGUGGGCCCCACAAGUUCAAAUUCUUUCGCAUCCGGCAAUUGGUGGGUUUGUGUCACAUUGUGGAUGGAACUCAAUAUUAGAGAGCAUGUGGUUUGGUGUUCCGAUUGCUACAUGGCCCAUGUAUUCAGAACAAAGUCUGAAUGCGUUUGAAUUGGUUAAAGAAUUUAAUUUAGCAGUCGAGAUUAAGAUGGAUUAUCAAAGGAAUUUAAAAGAGAAUGAAGCAAAGAUUUUGGUGAAAGCUGAGGAAGUGGAAAUUGGUGUGACAAAAUUGAUGGGUAUGGAUGACGAUAUGAAAGAUAGAAUAAGGGAAUUGAAGAACAAAUGUAGGUUGGUUUUGGAACAUGGUGGCUCUUCCUAUAAUUGGUUGAGUAUUUUUGUUAGAGAUCUCUUAAAAAGUUCGAUUUAAGAGAAUCAAAUUUUAUUUCAUUUGAUUUUUCUCUUCUCUUAGUCCAUUCCAUAAUAAAGUAGUUUUAGUUAAAAAAAAUUUGUAGUACUUUUUUAGUUCAA